UUUUGCCCUCCGACUUCAGUCGUCAGUAACAAACAAUCAAGCCACACAAUUCUCACGAAAUAUUACAUUUUACGCAAUUUUUUAAUAUUAUCUUGCCAUUAAAAUAAAUAAAUAAUGGCGGCCAAGAAACCACGAGACUACAUGAAAGACAGGGAGCAAUUGAAGACAUUUUUUGAAGAAUUCGUAACAAUCGAUGACAAAAGUGGGAACAAGUGCUUCAGAUACAGGGAGCAACUAACUAAUAUUGCUCACAGAGAACAGAUUGCGUUGAAUAUAAACUUGGAUGAUGUACGAGAAUAUGAUGAUGAAUUGGCUGAAGCCAUUGUCAAUAAUACACGGCGAUAUGUCAAUUUAGUGACUGAGCUCGUCCAGGAGAUCCUACCGGAUUUCAAGGAGCGAACUGUACCUCCAAAAGACGCCCUUGACAUUUACAUCGAGCAUCGCCUACUCAUGGAGGCUAGGAAUCGUCAUCCUGGUGACCAGCGUGAUCCUCGCAAUCAGUACGCCCCAGAGUUGAUGCGAAGAUUUGAGGUCUACUUUCACCAUUUUAACGAUGCAAAACAAGUUUCUGUGCGAGAAAUUAAAGCAGCUAAUAUUGGAAAAUUGACAACUGUUCGAGGAAUAGUGACGAGAUGCACCGAAGUGAAACCCAUGAUGGUGUGUGCCACGUACACCUGCGACCAAUGUGGAGCUGAGACUUAUCAGAGUAUCCAGUCAUUGAGCUUCAAGCCACUCGACACGUGUGUCAGUGAUGACUGCAAAGUCAACAAGUCUGGAGGAAGACUCUACAUUCAAACAAAAGGCUCGAAAUUCGUGAAAUUCCAAGAGAUUAAGCUGCAGGAGCACAGUGACCAAGUGCCAGUUGGUCACAUACCGAGAACGUUGACGAUCUAUUGUCGAGGGGAGACCACGAGGAAUUGUCUUCCAGGUGAUCACAUUAUCGUCACUGGAAUAUUUCUCCCUCUGGCAAAAACUGGAUUCAAUCCCAGUGCUGGGGGUGGACUUCUGAGUGAGACAUUCCUCGAAGCCCAUCAAUUAACUCCACUGACAAAUCUCGUUACCAUUGAUGACACAAGUAAACAGUUGACCCAGGAAGAACUAGAGGGUCUCACCGGUGAUGAUUUUUACUCAAAAUUGGCGACAUCGAUUGCUCCAGAAAUCUAUGGACUUGAAGACGUUAAGAAGGCACUGUUACUCUUGUUGGUAGGUGGCACAGACAAGAAGAAAGGAGAUAUAAAAAUCCGUGGUAAUUUGAACAUAUGCCUGAUGGGAGAUCCUGGUGUGGCAAAAUCCCAAUUACUAGGAUUUAUAACUCGUUUGGCUCCACGAUCGCAGUACACAACCGGAAGGGGAUCGUCAGGGGUUGGUUUGACAGCAUCAGUGUUGAAAGAUCCACUGACAGGUCAAAUGAUGCUCGAAGGUGGUGCUCUGGUGUUGGCAGAUCAGGGGGUCUGCUGUAUCGAUGAGUUUGAUAAGAUGCAGGACAGUGAUAGAACAGCUAUUCAUGAAGUGAUGGAGCAGCAGACAAUAUCAAUCGCUAAAGCUGGUAUAAUGACACGUCUCAAUGCAAGAGUCUCCAUUUUAGCAGCAGCUAAUCCAGCCUUUGGUAGAUACAAUCCCAAACGAACGAUUGAGCAAAAUAUUCAAUUGCCAGCUGCAUUGCUCUCGAGGUUCGAUCUUCUAUGGCUCAUUCAAGACCGUGCAGAUCGUGAUAAUGAUCUUCGGCUUGCUCAGCACAUCACCACUGUUCACCGCACCGGUACUCAGCCAACAACCGAGACAUCAGCCAUUGAUAUGAAUCUCAUGAGAAGGUACAUUGCACUUUGUAAAACUAUUGAUCCUGCCAUCAGUCCUGAUAUCACCGAGUACAUCGUCGAGUCUUACGUUGAUAUGCGAAGAGAAUCGAGAAACAGUCACGAUAAGACUUUUACAUCGGCCCGUAAUCUGCUGGCUGUUAUACGUCUAUCAACAGCUCUAGCACGUUUGAGAUUAUCAGCGACUGUUGAGAAGGAAGAUGUUGCUGAAGCUAAUCGUCUCGUAGAGAUGUCCAAAUACUCAAUCAAUUGCUCAGAAAGUCACACAGGUGGCAAGCAUCAAACCACUGCCAAUCGAAUAUUCCAAGUUAUUCUUGAAUUGGUUAACGACUCAAAAACCAUCAAAGUUCCAGAUAUUCUGCAGAGGUGUACAAAUAAAGGAUUCACACCUGAUGACAUUGACCACUGCAUUGAGGAGUACGAGGAGCUCAAUGUUUGGCAGGUCAAUCAAGCUCGUACCAAGGUCACAUUCCUCUGAUCAAUCACUGCAAUUAAUUUUAUCUUUUGCCUAAUAAAGUAUUUUUUUUUUCUCUUUUCAUACUUUUUAAAGAUA